AUGGCAGAAAACGAUUACCAGUCACUCAAAUACUUCAUCGUCCGGUUUCCAGCCGAGCAGCAAUAUGUCGCCCACGUGGAGAUUAACCGCCCCGACAAGAUGAAUGCCUUCUUCGAGGCAAUGUGGAUUGAGCUGGGUCAACUCUUCGACCGUCUCUCGCAGGACCCCUCCGUCCGCGCCAUCGUCCUCAGCGGCGCAGGCGAGAAAGCCUUCACCACAGGCCUAGACGUCACCGCCGCUUCGCAGGGCCUCCUGUCCGCGGACGGUGACAAGGCAGUCGAUCCCGCGCGCAAGGCGGCUCAUCUCCGCCGUCACAUUGUCUCCUUCCAGGACUGCAUUACGGCCGUCGAGCGCUGCGAGAAGCCCGUCGUCGUCGCGAUGCACGGCUUCUCGCUCGGCCUGGCGGUUGAUCUGUCCACGGCGGCGGAUGUGCGCGUCUGCGCGCGCGGCACCAAGUUCGCCGUCAAGGAGGUGGAUAUCGGCCUUGCGGCGGAUAUUGGGACAUUGAGCCGGUUGCCCAAGGUGGUGGGGAGCUUUGGAUGGGUGAAGGAGGUGGCACUGACGGCGAGAAUAUUUGGAGCGGAGGAGGCGCUGCGCGUUGGGUUUGUGAACCAGGUUUUUGAGAAUAAGCAGGCGGCUGUUCAGGGCGCUCUGGAGAUGGCUGCCUUAAUGGCGACAAAGAGUCCGGUCGCGGUGCAGGGGACGAAGGAGAUUUUGAAUUAUUCGAGGGAUCACUCUGUGCAGGAUGGUCUUCGAUAUACCGCCGUCUGGAAUAGUGCAAUGCUGCAGACCAAGGAUGUUUCGGCCGCGUUGCUAUCUGGGCUGAAGAAGCGCACUCCCACGUUUGAAAAACUGUAA